AUGAACGAACACAAUACCAGAUCGAAUAAAAUCAGGCUAUCGGAAUUGUUUCUAAAGCAAAAAGAUUUAUUUACAACAACAUUAAAACCAACACUAGCAGCAAUACCAAAUAUAGGCGUCAAAUUAAUUGAAAAUUUAGAAGACUUUGCCAAAUUUUGUCUAGUAGCAGAAGAAUGUUUAAGAAUGGAAUAUCAAUGUUCCGGAAUGACAAGAACGUCAGCAACGAGAUCAGAAAUUAUUUUAAAUAAUAACCAUCAACGGGAACGACCAAUGUCAAAUAGAAGUGGAACAGAUUAG